AUGCUUCGUCAUUUGGCAUUAACGAUAAUUGUUCUAAUACAACUUACAGAGCAAGAUUUAACUCAACAGAACGAUACAGUUAUUGAAACAACAACAUUUAAAUUAUCAAAUAAUGAAACAACGAAGACGAUGAAAGCAAGUAAUAUGACUAGUAACAAUACGAUUCCAAACAAACCUAUGAUUCCCCCACCAGACAAUAUUCAUGAAUUUUUACGUUGUCUUCAAUCAGGUUUUGUCCAAGCGUUACCUACUCCUAAUUCAUGCCCAUAUGAAUUCGAAGAAGAUAUUCAUGUUUGUUGGAAAGCAACACAUAAUGGUACAUAUGCAUCGGCUACUAUUGAAUAUGAUCAUGAAUUCAAUAAUUUUUAUCAUAGUGUCGGUUCUGGCAUGGAAAAUUGUACAUUACAACGUUUUUGUCAAAAUAAUGGAACUUGGGCAAUGACUAUUCCACCUGACAUUCAAUGUAAAAUAUGUAUUAAUGAUGGACGACCAGUAAAAUUUAAUUCAGUCAGUAUUAUGAUUGAAACAAUGAGUUUAAGUUUAUCUCUUAUAUCUUUAACAAUCGCUAUAUUAUGCAUGAUAAAUGUCAAACGAUUGCAUUUACCCCGAAACCUGCUUCAUAUGCAUCUAUUCCUUGCUUUUAUUCUUCGUUCGAUUGUUAAACUUAUAUUUAUACAUAUAAUUAUUGGUGGCUAUACAUAUACAAUGAUAACAUAUACACGUGAUAAAUGUGGAAAUAUUGAAAUUCUUUCAAAAUCAUCAAAUUUAUUUCAUAUUAUUGGUUGUCGUUUAUUAUCAUCAUUAUUUUGGUAUACAGAUGCUGUUGCACAAACAUUUAUAUUUUGUGAAGCUAUGUUUUUAUUUACAGCAUUAACAAGCCAUUUAUUUCGAGAUCGUGGCUGUACAUUAUUUGUUUUAUGGGGUUGGUUAAGUCCAUUAGUUUGGUUAACAAUGUGGAUUGCAUCACAUAUCAUAACAGAUAAAUUUAAAAAUCGGUCAACAUGUUGGUUAGAAGCUGAUAAUACAACAUAUUUUUAUUAUUUCUUUUAUGUUCCAUAUGCUUUUUAUUUACUUAUUAAUUUUGGUAUAUUUCUUUUUCUUGUUCAACUACUUUAUUCAAAGUAUCGAUCAAAUUAUGUUCCAACAGCUCGAACUGGCAAUCGACAUCUUAUUAAAUCAAUACUUAUAUUAAUUCCAUUGUUUGGUCUUCAUUCAUUAUUUGUUAUGUGGGUUUUUUAUCAUGAAAAACAAGGUCAUACUAUAUGGUAUUAUAUUGCUGUUAUAUUCAAAGCAAUAUUUGGUGACCUACAGGGCUUUUUCACAUCGCUUAUUUAUUUUUAUUUUAAUACGGAAAUUCGUUUGGAAGUUGUUCGACAAUUUCAACGUACUUUAUUAAGUACUGAUGCUAUACGACGUAGUUCCGCUGGUGAUACACUUUCAACACGUUUAUCUGUAUUUCGUAUAUCAUUAAAUCGUCGUCGUCGUCGUUCAUCAAAUCAAAAUCGUACUGAAAAAUAUCGUACAACAAUAUCAUCUUCUUCACCACAAGUUUUAACUACACGUCAAAUUUAUUGGAAAAAAUUUCUUACAUUUAUUUGUCCUUGUUUAUUUAAUAAAAAUAAUAAUAAUGAUGAUAAUAAUAACAAUAACAUUGAAACAUUAGAACAACUAUAUGAACCAGAAAAACAAUUAUCCAUUGAACCAAUAAAUCAUCAAAAUGAAACAUCACCAAUUAUUCAAAUAAAUAUCAUAUCUGAUGAUAAUGAUACAAGCACUAGACGAUCAUCUUUACUUGUUAAAAAUCCUUCAUCCAAGGAUAUAAUUGAUAAUGAUGGACUAACAUGUGAUACAGUUCUUAUGAAAAAUGAAAAUGAAGAAUUACUAUCUAAUGCAAGUGAUGUUACUAUUAAUCAAACAUCAUUUUCAGGUGAACAACCAUCAAUGACAUUAAAGAAUACACCAUUAUUAACACCUAAUAAUAUUAAUAAUCAUUAUAUACGAUUAAAAAGUGAUGAACAUAAUUCAAAAGAACUAGCAUCUAGAUCUUUCAAUGAUCAUCAAUCAUUGACGUAA